AUGGAUUCUACAUGGGAACCCCGCACAAGUAAUAUUGAUAGUCAAAACAUAAAUGUUAUGAUAGCGGAGUCUGCUCAAGAGGUUGAUAAUAGCACAAGCAAUACCUAUGAGCAAAUGGUAAUGGAUGCAAGAGUCCCGAUUUCUUUCAGAUGUAAUGGAGGAGCCUCCAAAUCCAUCACCAAAAAUUGUAUGACAUGUUGCAAGUCGUUAAUCAAGAGGUGUGGCAGUUGUGAAAGCCAUUCAGCUCUCGGUUGUUGCAAGGAUGUUGAACAUCAAGGCGUAACAUCAUUUGUCGAAGAUAGUGAGUUAACGAAUUGCAAAUUUUGUGACCAUCCACGGUUCAAACGACAUAGUCGAGGCGCUUCUAAUUUUCAAACCAAUGUGCCACAUAAGAAAAUGUACUACUUUCCUCUCACACAGAGAUUGCAAAGAUUAUAUGCUUCGAAUGCAACAGCAAAAGAAAUGAGAUGGCAUGCUGAGCAUGACCAUGAAGAUGGGGAAGAGUAUAUGUUCCUAACGGUACUAGUUCCUGGUCCGAGAAACCCAAAAGACAAAUUGGAUGUGUACUUACAGCCCCUUAUUGCAGAGUUGAAACAGUUGUGGGAAGUUGGAGUUGAGACAUAUGAUGCAUCAAAGAAGAAUAAUUUUAAUAUGAGGGUUGCGUUAUUAUGGACAAUAAGUGAUUUCCCUGCAUAUUCAAUGUUAUCCGAUUGGAGCACAACAGGCGAGACUGCUUGUCCAUAUUGUAGGGACGAUUCAGAUGCAUUCACAUUGACAAAGGGUGGUAAACAAUCAUGGUUUGACAAUCAUCGUAAAUUCUUACCAGCUAACCAUCCUUUCGAUUUUAAUAAAAUUGCUUUUAGAAAGAACAAGACAGUUACAAAAAGUGCUCCCCCCAUUCUAUCUGGUGAGGAAAUUUUAGAACAAAUAGAACAUCUAGGAUUAAUGUGUGUCACAGAUAUGGGUGCAGAUGAGAAUAACAGUUGCAAAGCAAAAAACACGGGUUGGAAGAGACGGAGCAUUUUUUGGGAUUUGCCAUAUUGGAGUACUAACAUGCUUCGCCACAACUUGGAUGUCAUGCAUAUAGAGAAAAAUGUAUUUGAAAAUAUUUUUAAUACUGUGAUGAAUGUUGAAGGGAAGACGAAGGACAAUGCAAAAUCAAGAGAAGAUUUGAAAGAGUUUUGUCACCGACCUGAGUUAGAGAGGGAUAUGGCAACAGGAAAGUAUCCUAAAGCAUGUUACACAUUAGACAAACAAUCAAAAGCAGUGUUGUGUGAAUGGCUUAAAAAUCUUAGAUUCCCAGAUGGUUAUGUGUCAAACAUGGGUAGGUGUAUAGACAUGAGAAAACUAAAGUUGUUUGGGAUGAAAAGCCAUGAUUGUCAUGUCUUUAUGCAAAGAUUACUCCCAAUAGCAUUUAGUGAAUUGCUUCCAAAAAAUGUGUGGCAAGCAUUGACCGAAUUGAGCAAUUUCUUUAGAGAGUUAACUUCAACAACACUUAGAGAAGAAGCCAUGUUACAGCUCAAUGAAGAGAUUCCUAUUAUAUUAUGUAAACUAGAGCGUAUAUUCCCUCCAAGUUUCUUUGACUCCAUGGAACAUCUCCCAGUGCAUUUGGCUUAUGAAGCAUGGAUUGCUGGUCCUGUGCAAUAUCGGUGGAUGUAUCCAUUUGAGAGGUACCUUAGGAAGUUAAAAAAUAAUGUGAAAAAUAAAGCCAAAGUGGAAGGUUCCAUAUGCAAUGCAUACUUAGUUGAAGAAGCAUCGUCAUUCUGCGCUCAUUAUUUUGAACCCCAUGUCAACACAAGGCAUCGAAAGGUUCCACGCAAUGAUGAUACAGUCGAACAUAUGGAUGAACAUCUAGGGAAUCUAUCAAUUUUCACUCAUUCCGGUAGGCCACUGGAAAAGGAAAGGUUACAUAUCUCACGAACAAGAAUUUCAAGCGAGACAAAUGUACAUCUUGUUGAAUUCAUUUUUGUUAAUGAGUUACACAUGGCCAAUCCAAAUAUCAAUGAUAAACAAGUUGAUGAGAAACUAGAGCGUGAAUUUGAUAAGUGGUUCAAUAAAUAUGUUCACAAUCCCUCCAACAAUAUAUCAAGCCAGUUUUAA